GGCCCAUGUGCUGCAACGCGACGUCGUCGAGCUGACAAUGCCAAGCGAUUGGACUUUAAUAUCGCAGCAGCCAUUGGGAAACGGUGUCGGGAAAGAACUGGGAUGAGGCUUUUGGGUGUUGACGUGGUGGUCGAUUCCACGACUGGUCACUACGGCCUCAUUGAUAUCAACAAAUUCCCGGGAUACGAGGGUAUGGAGAACUUGGCCCAGCACAUGGCCAAACUAUUGCUGCAAGUGCUUAAAGAACGAGAUGCCGGAGCAUUCAUCCUUGGGUCUUCUGAGCAUCACUGCCAGAUGGAUUAACCGCAGACUUGGAAUUUUAUUUUCAUACUCACCCCCAAUGUGUUAACUCACCCCGCCCAAUUUUUGUUUUGUUUUUAUAAUGCCAACGCAAGUUGCGAAACUGCUGCAGAUAUUCAUUCAUCUCAGGAAGAAGAGGGAUGAGGAGAGAGAUUUAAACGAAGGGGGGGCUAUUGGUUUUGUACGGAUUCGGGAAAAAGGAAAAAAAAAAAGAAGAACCCUGGUACUUUCAGUGUGAUAUAACCUCUGCAUUACUUGGGUUUCUCCGCAGUUCAAUAAAGAGAGCAGGAAUACUCACGGAUGUCGGAAAAGAAAAAGGAAAAUCCGAGGCUUGAGAAGGAUUACUUUUGCUUGAAUAUUUCAUUCAUUUUCUUUCUUGGCAUAUCUUGGUCUUUCUUUUAUUUUAUGGAAAAAAAGAGGUGUGUGAUCUGUAUGGUGUGUCUCAGGAGGUGCUGGGGGUGGUGUGAAGAUGUCGCGCUUUGUCCUGAAGCCGUCUGCGCUGAGCAAACAGGCCUCUAAGCUGGAGUAUUAUGCUACUGAUGACGCAGUGGGGAAGCUUUAUUUGGUGAUGAAGUUGGUCAUCAAGGGGCCAGCGAAAGGAUUCUAUUUUGGGAGUUUUGACUUGAGCAAACAAGCAUUUUUGUUGUGGGGAAUGGAAGAAUUACAGGAAAUUGUAGUUGGAAGUGCAAAAAAGCCGCGACUGGACACAGACAAGGAUCCGGAAGAAACAGACGAGAAGAGCAAAUCCGAAGAGAAACGGAAUGAAAGUGAGAACCAGAACCCCAAGACGGGUGAGAUGGUGAAAUUGCCUGCGGCCCCGGUCUUUAUGCCAGACACACCCGUGGUUCUCCCACCCUCGGCAACUCCUUCCCAAUUUAUCUUUGGCACAAACGUGAGAGACCGUGUGGUUGGUGUGGAUCUGAAUGCCGAGGAUGCCAACAAGGAAGACGAUUCCGAGAACAAUGGUCUCAACAAUGGCGAAAAGAAGGCUGAGGAACCUGAAUUGAGCAAUAAUGAAUACCAGUUACCCUUCAAGCUCUUCGAAAUCGACGAUGAACGCAAGGUCCGCUGCUUUUACGAAAAGCGAAUGGCUCAAGAAGUAGAAGCCGACUCUAUUGGCGAUGAGUGGAAGGGCUACGUGUUCCGCAUCACCGGCGGCAAUGACAAACAAGGCUUCCCCAUGAAGCAAGGCGUGUUGACCAACCAGCGAGUUCGUCUUCUGAUGAAGAAGGGCCAUUCCUGCUACCGGCCGCGUCGCAAUGGUGAACGGAAACGGAAAUCCGUCCGCGGAUGCAUUGUCGACGCCAAUAUGUCUGUGCUGAGUUUGGCGAUCAUCAAGAAAGGCGAACAGGAAAUUGCUGGAUUGACUGACGUGAAUGUGCCUCGUCGUCUUGGUCCCAAAAGAGCAAGCAAGAUCCGCAAACUGUUCAACUUGACGAAGAAAGACGACGUUCGUCAAUACGUGAUCAAGCGUCCUUUGCCAGUGAAAGAUGGCAAGAAGCCUAGUUUCAAGUCUCCGAAGAUCCAGCGUCUCGUUACUCCUCUCGUCCUUCAGCACAAGAGGCAGAGAAAGGCUGAGAAGAAGAAGCGAGAGGUGCGAAGGAAAGACCAGGCUGCGGAAUACGCCAAGGUUCUCGCUGUUCGUCAGAAGGAAGCUGCCGAAAAGAAGAAGUUGGAGAAGAGUAGGCGUCGGUCUGCCUCAACUAGGGAGUCCAAGACCUCUGUUUCCUCCAAGUGAACUCUAGAUUGUGGAUGAAAUGCAAUUGUAUUUGCCGCACGCCGAGCA